UCUCCAACCCACCCUCUGACAGACUCAGCAGCAAAAUGCAGCGGCUGCAUCUUCUCUGCCUCAGUCUCCUGUUACUGGGACAUAUCCUAGAUGUGCACAGUGGGAACAACGUCCUGGACUGCUGCCUGCGGACAAGCGAGACACCCAUCCCGAGGCGGAUCGUGCAGGAUUACCGGCUCCAGCUGGUGCAGGACGGCUGUGACAUCCCUGCUGCUGUAUUCAUCACCACAAAGGGCAAGCGCCUCUGUGCACCCCUCCGUUCCCCAUGGGUGAUUCGUCUCCAAGAAAGGCUGGAUGCUGGCUCUGCCAAGAGGGGCAAACCCCAGGGCAAGUAGGUCCUGAAGAAGCCAUGGCUGGUCCCAACAGCUGGAGGGGACCACCUCCCAGUGAAUCUGAUGCUAAUGGAACCAACCUGCUUCCACCUCCAGUCUCAGGCCAGACCCUUCUUGAGACUCAUACCAGUGUGUGGGGCUGGGCAGAGCCCUGUCUGCUCUGUCUUUUUCCCUCUGCCUCCAAUGUGACCCAGCAGCCUGUGUCAAGCUGAGCCAGGGGCUGCUGGACUCCACCACCUUUGCAUCCUGGAAGCUGUUUGAGGGACUGAUCUGCGAGGUGAGCUGGGGAGUCUCAGACUUCCCAUCAGCACAGCAGCUGUGACCUGCGGCUCUAGUCUGAUCCCUUUGGUUUCCAUUGUCAGCCCCAGCCUAGAGUCCUUCUGCAUCCCUGGGAUGGGCUGCCAGCAUAGAACAGUGUGGGGAUGGAGGGAAGUGAUGGAGAUGUUCCACAAUGGUCAUACAUUGUGCUGAUCCUUGCCAAGCACAUCCCAGAUGCCCUCAGAAAAUGUGUGGCUGAUGUGGCUCCUCUCUCACUCCUGAAUUCCCUGCACUGUUUCCUUUCUGCCCUUCAUAGCAAGGGUAGAAAUAGAGCCAUUAAUGUGGAGCAGGCAGAGAUGUGGCUCUCAGCCCCAGCUCUCCUCCAGGACAUUGCACUCUUUCUAAGCCUGACUCACCGUCCAGCCCUGCCCCAUG